GCGGGGCAGGAGGAGUUAGUUACCAAAGAGCCGAGGCUGGGCGCGCGACCCUCGUCCUUCUGCCCCUGCCCGCACACUUUGCGCACAUCUCUUUUCUGCAUGGUGGAUAUUAUUUUUCAUUAUCCUUUUCUGGGUGCUAUGGGGGAUCAUUCCAAGAGUAAGUCUUUCUCUCUGUAUGUGGGUGUGUAUGUGUAUGUGUUCAAUAUGCAUUAUUUCUAAUGCAGAAGAAUGUUUAGCGGAUUCUACAAGUGGCUUCUAUUUGACAGGACACUGGGAGAGAAAAAAAACCAAAACGAAUGCAUUUCUCCUGCAGGCCACUUGUCCUUUGGAAUCCUGUUGUUUUAAUUUACAAUUAAACAUUCUUUCUCAAUGUUAGGCUGCUAGGCUGACCUCAGGUUGUGAAAUCUGCUUCUGUUUUGCGCUAGGGCAACUAGGUUUGAUUGGGGAAUAUGGGCUCUUUUGCUUGCUUGCAUGUCCUUUUUGGCCUUUCCAAGAAGGCAGAUUUCUCUAGCUUGAUAUGGGAUAUUUAAGAAAUGUCAGAGAGGAUGAGAGGAGACUCCGAUGAAAGCUGAUGUGUCUGUGUUGGGAUUGGAGGGAGUCGCUGUAAGAGGGAGUGUGUGGACGGAAAUGCCGGAACAUCACCGUUCAGUAUUGAUGCGGUGGCGUCCGCAGUGCUUAAAUGUCUUUUUAUUCUUUCUUCCCCCCCUACGUAUUAGCUUUUAGUUACAAGAUAUAUCAAUAAAAUGACUGUGUCCAAAUGAAUGUAGUAGCGGAAAAAAAAUUGGGGGUGGAGAAGAGACAAAAAGCCUCCGCAAAUUCAGAAGGUUUUGUUUUUUCGUUUCCAAUUGUUUGGACGUUUAGAAAGCCCACUUCCUUCUUGUAGUCGCAAUUCUUGAAAGGGAACGAGGGAGCGAGCGGGUUGGGUUGGGUUGGGGUUGGCGUGGCCGAGGCCCAGACCGGGUCCGGAGAGCCUGGCCUGACGCGGGUCCCGCGCCCUUCCCUGGCAGAGAAGCCCGGGACGGCCAUGUGCGUGGGCUGCGGGAGUCAGAUCCACGACCAGUUUAUCCUGCGGGUGUCGCCCGACCUGGAGUGGCAUGCCGCCUGCCUCAAGUGCGCCGAGUGCAGCCAGUACCUGGACGAGACGUGCACGUGCUUCGUGAGAGACGGGAAGACCUAUUGCAAGCGGGACUAUGUCAGGCUGUUCGGCAUCAAGUGCGCCAAGUGCCAGGUGGGCUUCAGCAGCAGCGAUCUGGUGAUGAGGGCGCGGGACAGCGUGUAUCACAUCGAGUGCUUCCGCUGCUCCGUGUGCAGCCGCCAGCUGCUGCCCGGCGACGAGUUCUCGCUGCGGGAGCACGAGCUGCUCUGCCGCGCCGACCACGGCCUCCUGCUGGAGCGCGCCGCGGCCGGCAGCCCGCGCAGCCCCGGCCCGCUCCCCGGCGCCCGCGGCCUGCAUCUGCCAGACCCCGCGUCGGGCCGGCAGCCCUCACUGCGCCCGCACGUGCACAAACAGACGGAGAAGACAACCCGCGUGCGGACGGUGCUCAACGAGAAGCAGCUGCACACUCUGCGGACGUGCUAUGCCGCCAACCCGCGGCCCGACGCGCUCAUGAAGGAGCAGCUGGUGGAGAUGACGGGCCUGAGCCCACGGGUCAUCCGCGUCUGGUUCCAGAACAAGCGCUGCAAAGACAAGAAGAAAUCCAUCCUCAUGAAGCAGCUGCAGCAGCAGCAACACAACGACAAGACGAGCCUCCAAGGACUGACCGGGACGCCCCUCGUGGCGGGCAGCCCCAUCCGCCACGAGAGUGCUGUUCAGGGCAGCGCAGUGGAGGUGCAGACGUACCAGCCACCGUGGAAAGCCCUCAGCGAAUUUGCCCUCCAGAGUGACUUGGACCAACCCGCCUUCCAGCAGCUGGUCUCCUUCUCUGAGUCUGGCUCGCUAGGCAACUCCUCCGGCAGCGAUGUGACCUCCCUGUCCUCGCAGCUCCCGGACACCCCCAACAGCAUGGUGCCGAGUCCUGUGGAGACGUGAGGGGACCCCAUCCUCGCCAGCCCGCGGACCUCGCAUGCUCCCUGCAUGAGACUCACCCAUGCUCUGGCCAUUCCAGCUCCGAAAACUCUCUCGCCUUUGUAAUUAUUAUUAUUGUUAUUUAAAGAGAGAGGACAGAGAAGCAGUCAGGACAGCCCAAAGCGCCAGGAUGCAACCUGCUUUCCCCAGACCGGAGAGCCCUGAUCCAAGAACUUUUAUUUUUUCAAAACCAGAAUUUGGGAUUUACUAGAGUUAGCUCUGCCCUCUUCUCUUCCCUCGCUCCGCGUGGCUGCCGCCGCUCUGUCCGCGCCCCCUACCCGCGGAGAACGCGCAGGGCCCAUCUGGCGCCGGGCCACCCCCAGAACUCGCCCAGGCGGUCUCCAACCCCAAGCCGGUCCCGCGCUCCCAGGCAGCUUUGCCUGGGCUCUAAGCGGGGACAAUCCAAUGGAACAGACACUCAAUCCCCAAAGCGCAUGAUUGCCGGAAAAAAGUAGAAACGAGACUUUCCUGAAAAUGUGUUAAAUUAUCAGUCGACGGAGGACAGAGUGUGUGAGCCUUUGCCGAACAAAACGUAAGUUAUUGUUAUUUAUUGUAAGAACAGCCAGUUCACAGUGGGAUGGAU